UGCAAACGCUCUGGCUCGAAAAAGCAAGGAAAAUUCGACCGGAACAGCCAUUUCAAAUGCUAAAGGAGGAGGAGUUAAAAACGAUACUGAAUGUGACGGAGGCGGGAUGCCGGACGAGAUUGAAGUUGAUUCGCACGCUGCUGCAACCGCGCUGAGCGGUGGGGCUGGCGGCGCAGGAGGCAACACGGUCAAUUCUGUGGCGAAUACAAACGUGAAAAUCGACAUGGCCGGACUAGCAGCCAAAGUUAUGGAAAUGCAGGCGAAAUUAGGCGACGACGACGACGAUCAAGAGCAAGACGUUCAUAUCCAGAUCAAUGCCAAUGCUGGAGCAGAAAGUGCAGGAGGUUCGGGAAGAGGGUUUGGUGGAUUUGAUGAUCCCGAAACGCAAACGGAAAAAAUGAAACGCGUCUCUAAACUCGGUAAAGCCCUGUUUCAAGCCGGCAUUCGGAUGCAGGUCGGAUGGAAAACGGAACUCCGCAAGAUUGCAGGAAACGUCAUACUCGAAUUCGAACGGGAAAUUUUUUACGGUUUGGGAAAUUGUCCAUUUUCUCACAUCGAUUUCCCCGGGGAGAAAAAUCCCGAGGCUAUAAUUGACUUUUACAUCAAAGUUCUACGUCUCGAUUGUAACGACAAGGUCAAACCAAGAAUUAUGAGGCUAUUUAACGAAGGAUUUCUCAAAUUUGACGAUGACAUGACCCAUCUCGUCAUCCCGGCAGGAAAUGAAAUCAUAAAACGUGUCAAAAUAACCGACUCUGAACUUCGCCUUCUCUCCGCCGCUUUUGAAUUCUCCACUUUUACCUCCACCUAUCACGACCAUGUUCUCGGCACGGCGGAAAAAUCUGUCGCGAUUUACGAAGCCCCCGACGUCGGGAUGCCCGCGGCCUCCCGCAGUGUCCGCUUCUUUAUCGAGAUGGCGCUCAACUUUGUCACGUCCGCGCGAACAUCUGCCCCCCACCAUUACGUCCGCCUGACGAGAAACUUACUCACCACGUUGCGAACCGUCAUGUUCAAAACGUACCAGGACGGCGUGCUCGUCGCGGGUGUGGCGGGAUGCGAAAAGGACGCCGAGAUGAAUCACCACGACCAAGUCCAGCUCAUGGGCAUCCUUCAAUUCCUCGUCCAUGGCACCGCAAACUUUGAACAGGGGAAAGAUUCAGAACUGCGGAAAACCUUUAAACAAUUCCUCACCCUCAACCGAGCCACGUUGGAGAGCAGGGUGAAAGAUUAUGAUAAGCAGGCACCAAAACAGACGUGAUAAGUCUAAAAAUAGUUAGGGAAGCAAAAAAAAAUAAUA